AAGCCCGCUGGCCGCGUCCUGGAGCCAGCCUGCCAGGCCUCCGCAGAAACGCAUUGUGCCGCGGAAACGCUUACAAGUGGCUUGGCGAAACGUGUGUUCAGAGGCGCUGCGGCCCGGCUGAGCGAGGUGCCACUCACACGCCCACUUCCAAGGUGGCGGCGCGGCGUCCCUAAGCGUGCGGCUUCCGCUCACCCGCGGGGGGGGGGAGCCCGUCUCUGAUUGGCCGGCUAGCGUGUGUGACGGGGGCGCUGGCCAAUAGGAUGAAGGCUGAGCUGGACUUGGCGGCCGCGGUCGAGCUUGGGCUCUCGUAGCGGAGGGUGCGGAGCUGAGUGCAGUUCCUUUUCAGACCAUGGCAACAUACUUGGAGUUCAUUCAGCAGAACGAAGAACGAGAUGGUGUGCGCUUUAGUUGGAACGUGUGGCCUUCCAGCCGUCUCGAGGCUACAAGGAUGGUGGUUCCCCUGGCUUGUCUCCUUACACCUUUAAAAGAACGUCCAGAUUUGCCUCCUGUCCAGUAUGAACCUGUGCUGUGCAGCAGACCAACCUGCAAAGCCAUUCUCAAUCCACUUUGCCAGGUGGAUUAUCGAGCAAAACUUUGGGCCUGUAAUUUCUGUUAUCAAAGAAAUCAGUUUCCUCCAGCAUAUACGGGCAUCGCUGAGACAAAUCAGCCUGCCGAAUUGAUGCCUCAGUUUUCUACAAUUGAGUACGUGAUACAGCGAGGUCCCCAGACGCCUUUGAUCUUCCUCUAUGUGGUUGACACAUGCCUAGAAGAAGAUGACCUUCAAGCCCUCAAAGAAUCCCUUCAGAUGUCCCUGAGUCUCCUGCCUCCAGAUGCUCUGGUGGGUUUGAUCACAUUUGGGAGGAUGGUACAGGUCCAUGAGCUCAGUUGCGAAGGAAUCUCCAAAAGUUAUGUCUUCCGUGGGACCAAAGACUUAACUGCAAAGCAAAUACAGGACAUGCUGGGCCUGUCCAAACCUGCUAUGCCCAUGCAGCAAGGAAGACCCGCUCAGCCACAGGAGCACCCAUUUGUCUCCAGCAGAUUCCUACAGCCUGUUCAUAAGAUUGACAUGACCCUGACUGAUCUUCUUGGGGAGCUGCAGAGGGACCCAUGGCCUGUAACACAGGGGAAGAGACCUUUGCGAUCCACUGGUGUUGCUUUGUCCAUUGCUGUUGGCUUGUUGGAGGGCACUUUUCCAAAUACCGGAGCCAGGAUUAUGCUGUUCACUGGGGGUCCUCCCACCCAAGGACCUGGCAUGGUGGUUGGAGAUGAAUUAAAGGUUCCUAUUCGUUCCUGGCAUGAUAUUGAGAAAGACAAUGCACGCUUCAUGAAAAAGGCAACCAAGCACUAUGAGAUGCUGGCUAAUCGAACUGCUACCAAUGGGCACUGCAUUGAUAUUUAUGCUUGCGCUCUUGACCAAACUGGACUUUUGGAGAUGAAGUGUUGUACAAAUCUGACUGGGGGCCACAUGGUGAUGGGAGAUUCUUUCAAUACUUCUCUCUUCAAGCAGACAUUCCAAAGGAUUUUUAGUAAAGAUUUUAAUGGAGAUUUCCGAAUGGCAUUUGGGGCCACUUUGGAUGUAAAGACCUCUAGGGAACUGAAGAUUUCAGGAGCCAUUGGACCUUGUAUAUCUCUCAAUGUGAAAGGACCUUGUGUGUCAGAAAAUGAGCUUGGUAUUGGUGGCACAAGUCAAUGGAAAAUGUGUAGCUUGGAUCCCUCAUCUACACUUGGCAUUUACUUUGAAGUAGUCAACCAGCACAGUGCUCCCGUCCCACAAGGAGGCAGAGGCGCCAUCCAGUUUGUCACACAGUACCAGCACUCCAGCACCCAAAGGCGCAUCCGCGUGACCACUAUUGCCCGCAAUUGGGCAGAUGCGCAGAGUCAGAUCAGACACAUAGAAGCAGCAUUUGACCAGGAGGCCGCCACAGUCUUGAUGGCGCGGCUGGGAGUGUUCCGAGCUGAGUCAGAGGAAGGGCCCGAUGUGCUCCGGUGGCUGGACCGACAACUCAUUCGAUUGUGUCAGAAGUUCGGACAGUAUAACAAAGAGGACCCCACUUCAUUUAGGUUAUCAGAUUCUUUCUCUCUAUAUCCUCAGUUCAUGUUCCAUCUUAGAAGAUCUCCAUUUCUUCAAGUGUUUAACAACAGUCCUGAUGAAUCAUCGUAUUACAGACACCAUUUUGCCCGACAGGAUCUAACCCAGUCCCUCAUCAUGAUCCAGCCCAUUCUCUAUUCCUACUCAUUUCAUGGACCUCCAGAGCCAGUUCUCUUGGACAGCAGCAGCAUCUUAGCUGACAGGAUUUUGCUGAUGGACACUUUCUUCCAAAUUGUCAUUUAUCUUGGUGAGACCAUAGCCCAGUGGCGUAAAGCUGGUUACCAGGAUAUGCCCGAGUAUGAAAACUUCAAGCACCUUCUACAGGCACCAUUGGAUGACGCCCAGGAAAUUCUGCAAGCACGCUUCCCAAUGCCCCGGUACAUUAACACAGAGCACGGAGGCAGUCAGGCUCGAUUCCUUCUAUCCAAGGUGAACCCAUCUCAGACACAUAAUAACCUGUAUGCUUGGGGACAGGAAACGGGAGCUCCCAUCUUAACUGACGACGUCAGCCUGCAGGUGUUCAUGGACCACUUGAAGAAGUUGGCUGUCUCCAGUGCCAGUUAAGCAGAGGAUACGACCAGGGAAUUGAAGCAAACACUGUCAGCUCAUGUUAACAGUUGCUUAUAAAGUCUUACUAACAUUCCUUUCAUUUUUCCAGUGAAUUUUAAUAAAAAUAAGAUCAAAGGAAGUGUUGUAUGUAACUGUUUAGAUGAUAAUUUAUUUGUAUUCCUGAUCUGUGGCCCCUUUCUUCUGCCAUAUAAGGUCUUAAAUGUUGGUACUUGUAAAUGUUUAUGCUUUUUGUUUCCUAAUAUCAGUCUAUAGGAAAUCAGAGGUGAUAAAUUUUGUUGCCACAUUCAGAUAAUCCUAAUCAGGGGCUAGAGAGAUAGCACAGCAGGUAGGGUGUUUGCCUUGCUGGCAGCUGACCUGGAUCGAUCCCAACACCCUAUAUGGUCCCUUGAGCCUUUCCUGGAGUGAUCCCUGAAUGCAGAGCCAGGAGUAAGCCCUGAGUAAUUUGCCCCAAGUAAUAUAUUGCCCCAAAACAAUAACACACAAACACACACACAUAUAAAAUUCAUCACUGUGUAGUACUGUGAACUCGUGUGUUUAUCAUUCCAUAAUAAACAGUCUAGCCGGAAGAUAAAGGGAAUAACUGGUGGGCAUAAGUGGUUCUGACAGUGGCAUCUCUUUUAUCUGGGAACACAAAAAAAUUAAUUUGAACCCGUACUUUUUUCCUCUAUUUUAAAUCCUAAGGUAUGUAUACUUGUUAAAACAGGAACCCUAAUAAAUGGAGUGAAGGGGGGCUUUUAACAAUUUCCUCCAAUCCCUAAACCUAGAUCCUACACUUCAGAGGUAAUUGCUUUAGUCUCUCCAAGUUCUUUUUUGUUUGUUUCUUUAUAUAUUAAUUUUAGCUUCCAUGUUCAUGGACUGAGGAAAUUAAAACUUUUUCAUCAUCCACUUUUGAUUAACUAUACCUUUUUUAUAUUAUCAAGUUUGGUAAGAUUUAACAUUUUGGCCUCAACCUACUUUUCUCUGUCUUAAGUGUCUCAGCUGAAUCUGAUAGUUGAAAACUAAUAAAGAUGAUCUAAACAUCUUUGUGAUUAUGUAAACAUUAUUUAUAUGACAUUAGAUAAUAUUUUCUCCAAUGAUUUGACCAACUCAGGGUAGCCUCAAAUAAAGCAAGCAUCUUACCCACUGCUCUCUCUCUUUGUUCUGUAAUGAUCUUUCUAAAAAGAGUACAAAAAGUAGGCUGAGGAAAUAGCUCAGGGCAGUGGAGAACAUGCCUCACCUGUUCGAGGCCCUGAGUUUGGUCCCUGGCCCUGCAUGGCCUUCCACCCUACUCUGAGCACUGUCAGGCAUGGCUGUGGUUAUCCCUGAGAACCACCAGUCAGUGCAUCAAAUUCUCAGGUUUGUGGGCCUCCUCUGAGCAUCUAGACCCUCCCACCAACGGCUGAGAGAGCUCCCUUUGUAGCGUAAAUGUGAGGUAGAUCACUGAAGCUAUUGGUCUUUGUACUUGGGAUAUAUACUGAGUUUAGGCCCAAGAAAUUUGGGGCCAUGCGUGAUUCCUUGAUUCUCUGAACAAAUGUGUAUUUUCUAUUUAUAAAGUAGUCUAAGUACUGAGAAUAUAGCUGAUACAAUCAAAGAUUGUACAAUACAAAAUAAGAUUCAAGUCAUUAAUGAUCUUAUGUUCUAAGAAAGACUGAUAAUAAAUUAGGAAUAGGGAUGGAGCAGUCAUACAGUGGGUAGUGAUCCCUGAACACAGAGUAGGAGUAAACCUUGAGCACCACCCAGUGUGGCCCAAACACCAAAAUAAAACAACAGAAAUAGUAGGUUCCAUAACUGACUAGAAGGUAUGUGUAGUGUGUAGAAACAUUGGGGAACUUAACUGAACGUUGAAUCUUGGUUGACUAUGUCUCUUGAGUUGCUGCCUUUUUUGACUGUGCUCUGCAUUCUGGAAAGUUUCCUGUGUUGUUAUUAGAGAUUACAUUUGUUUGUUUGUUUGUUUGUUUGUUUUGGGACCACACCCAGCAGUGCAUGGCGCCUCACUGCUUGGUUCUCAGGGGAUCAUGCUUUGCUGGGUGUUAGACUCAGGCCAUACAUAAAACUGUACACAAAAACUACAAAAACUGUAUACAGAUGAAGGUUGAAAUUUCCUCCUCAGACCUUUCAUCUGAAAUUGGCAGAUGAAAGAAUGUAAGAAACUUGUAAGAAUGUAAGAAUGUAAGAAACUUAUGCUGGUGUUCUCUUUAGUGACAUCGAGUUAAGGCACUGGGCUAGGGAGAUAGGGGUGGCCCCUUUGUUCUAACAUAAAAUAUGGCCAAGCAGGUCCUACUUCAGGGAAUCAGAGGCAGUUCAAAACGAACAUGGAGGGGCCUGUUGUCUUGAAAACAGUUAUCCCUCAGGGGGGAUGACUGAGCCAGAUUUGCCUAACGGAGAACCAGAAGAACCUCCACCCUGAAGACAAAAAGAAACCAAGAGGACGUUAUCCGGGAUGGAGCCUUGGUAGCUAACUCUCAUCAAUCUCUCACAAGGACUGAAAGAACAAGGAGACUCUCCAAGCAAAUGAAAGACUGAAAGUAAAUCAAAAGGCUCCCCUGUAAAGAGAAAUAAGUGGCCUUGGAAAUCGGCAUCUUGUUCCUGUAAUCAUCUUGUCUCCUUGUAACCAGCUGGAGAAAAAAACUGCUGGCAAAUAACACUGGUUUGUGUUUUUCUUGUUGAGUCAUCUGCAUUUUCUGUGUAACUGUCUGCCUCAUUUUACACCAUUGUACACCCCAUUCUCAGGGGCCAAAAUUUCCAAAGAUCUCUGGCCCUCUGCCCCUAUAGAGUAAACUUUUUUAUUUUCUUCA